GGGGAGAAACCUUAUUCAUGUUCAGAAUGCAAAAAAUGUUUUUCUCGUAAAGGAACUCUAAUCUCCCAUCAGAAGACUCAUACGGGGGAGAAGCCAUAUUCAUGUCCUGAGUGUGGGAAAUGUUUUAUUGAAAGAUCCAAUCUUAAUACACACCUAAAUAUCCAUAAAGAGGAGAAGCCAUAUUCAUGUAUCGAAUGUGGAAAAUGUUUUGGUGCAAGGUCAAAGCUUGUUAUACACAAGAUAAUUCACUCUGGGGAGAAACCGUUUACCUGUUCCCAGUGCGGUGAAAGAUUUACCUGGAAGUCGUCAUUUAUCAGACAUAAGAGAGUUCAUAUGGGGGAGAAGCCAUUUCUAUGUUCAGAAUGUGGGAAGCGUUUUUCUCAUAAACAUAUCCUCACUAGGCACCAGAGAACUCACUCAACUAUAAAGCCUUUUAUAUGUUCAGAAUGUGGAAAGCAGUUUUCUCAGAAACAUCUUCUCACUAUACACCAGAGAACUCAUUUAGCUGAAAAGCCUUUUUUAUGUUCAGAAUGUGGGAAACGUUUUUGUCAGAAGAAGCAGCUUGCUAAACACCAAAGAACGCACACUGGGGAGAAGCCUUUUGUAUGUUCAGAAUGCGGAAAGCGGUUUUCCCAAAGUGGACAUUUUUACCUUCAUCAGAGGACUCACACUGGAGAGAAACCAUAUUCAUGUUCGGAAUGUGGGAAGUCUUUUUCUCAAAGAAGAUAUCUCGCCUCCCAUCAGAUGACUCACACCGGGGAGAAACCUUAUUCAUGUUCCGAAUGUGGGGAACAUUUUUCUCAGAAAUCAUCACUUAUUGCACAUAGAAAAGUUCACACUGGGGAGAAGCCGUUUGCAUGCUCUGAGUGUGGGAAGUGUUUUACUGAAAGGUCAACACUUGUUAAGCACCAGAGAACUCACACUCAUGAGAGAAUUCACACGGGAGAGAAGCCUUACUCAUGCACGGAAUGUGGGAAGACUUUUGUUGGAAGCUCGAAUCUUGCCGCACAUCAGAGAACUCAUACGGGGGAGAGGCCGUUUUCGUUCGUGUUUAGAGUGUGGCAGAUAUUUUUCCCGGAAAUCAAACCUUAA